AGACCAGACAGCAAAAAGCGCCUCCUCGGCCUCUCUCUUUCCGUUUUUGGCCCUCUCUCUCUCCUCGUCAAGCCCGGCUCAAAGCCGUAGGGGGAUGCGGACCGCUGCCUCUCCGCCGGGAGGAACCAAAGCGACACGGGGGAGCGUUUCCAGCCGGGGCCGUUUUCCAGGAGGCCCGCCCUUUCCGCCGCGGAGGAGGCCGCGGGGCUGCCGACAUGCCGCAGAACGAGCACAUCGAGCUCCACCGCAAGCGCUAUGGCUACCGGCUGGACUACCACGAGAAGCGGAGGAAGAAGGAGGGCCGAGAGGCGCACGAGCGGUCCCGCAAGGCCAAGAAGAUGAUCGGGCUGAAGGCGAAGCUGUACCAUAAACAGCGGCAUGCCGAGAAGAUACAGAUGAAAAAGACCAUUAAAAUGCAUGAGAAGAGAAAUACAAAGCAGAAGAGUGAUGAAAAAACACCCAAAGGAGCUGUACCAGCAUACCUGCUGGACAGAGAGGGCCAGUCCCGGGCCAAGGUCCUCUCUAACAUGAUCAAACAAAAAAGAAAAGAAAAAGCUGGGAAGUGGGAGGUUCCUGUGCCAAAGGUUCGUGCACAAGGAGAAACAGAAGUUUUAAAGGUGAUUCGUACAGGAAAGAGAAAGAAGAAGGCAUGGAAGAGGAUGGUUACAAAAGUUUGUUUUGUUGGAGAUGGCUUUACUAGGAAGCCUCCUAAGUACGAGCGAUUCAUUCGACCAAUGGGCUUACGUUUCAAGAAGGCACAUGUGACACACCCUGAACUUAAAGCUACUUUUUGCCUACCUAUCCUUGGUGUGAAAAAGAAUCCAUCAUCUCCUUUGUAUACACAACUGGGAGUAAUUACUAAGGGGACCGUCAUUGAGGUGAACGUGAGUGAGCUUGGCCUUGUGACACAAGGGGGCAAAGUUAUCUGGGGGAAAUACGCCCAAGUAACUAACAAUCCAGAAAAUGAUGGCUGUAUUAAUGCAAUUCUACUUGUUUAAAUUGGAUACCAAGCAUUGGAUAUAGGCACCUACAAAACAAGUGGACUUUACCCAAAUUUACAGAAUCUGUGAAACCUUCAGCCAUUCCACAGCGGUGGCUCCACAAGCCAAUGAGGAACUUCAGCCAGAAACAACUGCUCACAUUUUUAUAUUUAUGUUUUCUCAGCUGAACAUUGUCCAAAUAAAGAGAUUUAAUUUUUA